CUUACACACGGACUUACGGCCAUUUCGUUUCCUCCUGUCAGUCACGUUGACUGGCCAGGCUGGUCCGAGUCAGGCUAGUGUGUGCCGUUACCCUCCUGUUUUCUGCUUGAUUUCUCACUGGGGGGCUGAAGGAGACGCGAUCAUCGGGGGGGAAAAAUAAAGGGGGAGAAAUGAGUGCGUAUAGAUGAGUCCCCGAUCCACGUUGAGAUUCUUUUUUUUAAACCUGUAAAUCUUUCGCCUUCGAGUAAGCAGUAAAUGAAUGUUAAAAUCAGAAUAAUUAAAAUAGGCGUCUGUUUUAUGUAGCUAUCGGCUACUUAGCUGCCUGAUUACUAGCAAGCUAUCUCGCCAUAUCGCACAGCUUUUCCUUUUUAAGUCGACUAGGGCGUAUUUUCAUUGUAUUUAUUUUACCUUCCGCUGACGGGGGGGGGAUUUUAAGUGAAUGGGGACUAUUUUUGCGGCGGCGCUGCCUUGCUAGUUAAACGGGGCGGUUUUUUGCGGGCAGUGGAGAGAGAGCUGCGGUGCGGAUGUGGCGGCUGCCCGGCGUGUCCCGUUGGUGAAACGGGCAGCGGACCGUAGGGGGGAAACAGACGGGGCAGAGGCGAGGGUUUACCGGGGGAUUCUCCGAAUCAGCGGCUUCGGUAGUUAGCGGAGGCAUUCGGACACGAAGGCGGACACCGGGGCCUCCCUCCCACUCCCACCUUCUCCGCUUGAUUGCUGCCCCCUCCCGCCCCGUUUAUCCCUCUUUCCCCCGCUCCUUCCUCCUCUUCGCCGCUCCUCCGAAAUUCGCACGCAAGUGAGGUCGGACUCCAGCUCGGCUAGAGAGGGCUACCAGACAGCGAGGCCGUCCCCCCCCAGCUCCCCGGCCCCCCAUCCCCCCCGCUCCAUCCCCUCCACUCUCCAGGCCAUCGUUUUCUCUUCCCGAUAUCCGGACCCGGGGGAGGGGAGUCGCGACUCCCCGCGACCAAGCCCCGAGUGCAGCGUCGGCGCGUCGGCGGAGUCCCGUGAAAAGCCGGGGGGAUGACUCUGGAGUCCAUGAUGGCUUGCUGCCUAAGCGAAGAGGCAAAGGAGUCGAAGCGGAUCAACGCCGAGAUCGACAAGCAGCUCCGUCGAGACAAGCGGGACGCCAGGAGGGAGUUAAAGCUGCUCCUGCUCGGCACCGGAGAGAGCGGAAAGAGCACCUUCAUCAAACAGAUGCGCAUCAUCCAUGGAGCCGGCUACACCGACGAGGACAAGCGAGGCUUCACCAAGCUGGUCUACCAGAACAUCUUCACCUCCAUGCAGUCCAUGAUCCGUGCCAUGGAAACCCUAAAGAUUCAGUAUAAGUAUGAGCAGAACAAGGCUAACGCCGCAGUGGUGAAGGAGGUGGACAUUGAGAAGGUGUCAUCCUUCGAGCAGCCCUACGUUAACGCCGUAAAGAUGCUGUGGGCAGACCCUGGGAUCCAGGAGUCGUACGACCGCCGGCGAGAAUACCAACUGUCUGACUCCACCAAAUACUAUCUAAGUGAUGUGGAUCGUAUCGCCGACCCGUCCUAUCUGCCGACCCAACAAGAUGUACUUAGGGUUCGCAUCCCCACCACAGGGAUCAUUGAGUACCCGUUCGACUUGCAAAGCAUCAUUUUCAGGAUGGUGGACGUGGGAGGUCAGCGCUCCGAGCGCAGGAAGUGGAUCCACUGCUUUGAGAAUGUGACCUCCAUCAUGUUCCUGGUAGCGCUGAGCGAGUAUGACCAAGUCCUGGUGGAGUCGGACAAUGAGAACCGUAUGGAAGAAAGCAAGGCGCUGUUCAGGACUAUAAUCACAUAUCCCUGGUUCCAGAACUCCUCAGUCAUUCUGUUCCUCAACAAGAAGGAUCUGCUUGAGGAAAAGAUCAUGUACUCCCACCUUGUUGACUACUUCCCUGAGUUUGACGGGCCGCAAAGGGAUGCCCAAGCUGCCAGGGAGUUCAUCCUGAAGAUGUUUGUUGACCUGAAUCCCGACAGCGACAAGAUCAUCUACUCCCACUUCACCUGCGCCACCGACACAGAGAACAUCCGCUUCGUCUUCGCCGCUGUCAAGGACACCAUCCUGCAGCUCAAUCUGAAGGAGUACAACCUGGUGUGAGCGGAGAGGCAGACACGCACACGUACAAACGCACGCGCACACACACACACACACUAACGCAUCAGGCAUGGGUACGUCCGCUCACACGUAUAUGUACUACUUCUCUGUGUGUGUGUGUGUUCACACAGAAAUUCACACACGACUGCCUAGGCCCACCUACAGCCCACUUUCUUCAGUUCCUACUCUUCCUGAUAUAUCAUUUCCUCUAUUUUUUUUUCCUCUCCAGUUUUCUAAGUAAUCCCCACCCCCCCUCAUCUGUCUCGAUGGCAGCUGAACUCAGUGCCAGUUUCUCUCGUCUCUUCCCAUAAUUUGAUCGACGCCUCAAAUUUGUCCGAGGGCUGAAGCGCAAGCGUCUAAAUUUUUCCCUGUCCAAAAUGGGGGGGGGGGGGAGAGUGACAUGACAGCUGUCAGCUUCUAGGGGCUGAAUCGGGAUCUGGCAUGAAAACUGGAAGAAUCAUCCUUCACCCUUCCCACCCCAAGCAAGAGGGCAUGGAGUUAAAGGCAGUAGGGUGGCUAGGGUGGAGGAUUAUGAGAAAUUUAGGUGUGGACAGCAGUACAAAACAUUUUUGAAAACGUAAACAUUAAUUUGGAAACCACAGAGGCACGAAUAUGGUGAUUUAUAGCAAAAACGGCAGAGCACCUUGAGCGCUGAGGUGCUUUUUCUUCCACGCAUCUCGCUGAAGGCUAGAUCUCACCUGUCAUCGCCUGUGUGCCGCCUGUCAUUGAAUGUAAUUCAAGUGUGAGCGUCGCAGGAGUGUGUGCGUUCCUAUGUGGGGACACCGAGCAGGAAAUUGAGAGGGAAAUCGAAUCAGUCCGAUCUAUGUGUAUAUUGCUGAGGUUAUUUUAAACAAAUUUUAAUAAUAUUGCUAUUACUACUACUACUUUAACAGAUAAUGUAAUUAAUUAACAAAGGAGUAGAAAUUUGAAAACGAUCAUUAGAAAGCACUCCAGAAAAUCCGUAAACAAGAGGAGCUCGUGACCAGGAGCUUGAUAACUUUUCCGAUUCUGUAAUUUGAAUUGCAUACUUUUUACUCUCUGUACUUGUACUGCCAUCUUGCCCCUGUAAUGCUUCUGUUUGACCCAAAGACAUUUUUUUGAGCCCCUUUGAAUUUGACAUUGUCCAGGGCUUUUUUGUGUGUUAGUUUUUUUUAAAAAAAAAACUUCAGCAGUGGUUCUCCGCUCGGCCUUGUAAACAUUGACUGGUUUGCAAGCUCAGUCCAACAUGGACUCUGUUCUCUCCUUUUAUUUUUAUUUUUCUAUUGGUCAGUUUCCAUCGCCGCAGUUUUGCCUGUUUCUGUGCUGUUGACCGGCUCCGCCGGAAAGCAUUCCGCGCUUAGCUUCGAAGCCGACAGGCAUUCGUGAAGGACUGUGUGGCACUCUGAACACCCUCGUGUUAAUUUGUUUUGAGUUCCUAUCCAGAACAGCGGUGGUACUAAUUGUACAGUCUUUGCUAUGGCGAUUUUUAAAAAACUCAUUGUUUUUCGGGGAGGAACCGAUUUGUCGUUGAAGGCUGCAAAAGUAAAUGUCGUGUAUUUACCUGUCAAUAUACACGUACCCACUUAAGUACAGAAAGAUCCGAGGGGCACCAUUUUGGCAAAAGAUGAAACAUCUCCCACUCAUAUUAUUUUGCUGGUUUCUCCCCCUGAAUUACAAUAGUAUAUUUACUGUGAUUAUUCCCCUUUUAACGUUGAAGGUAUACAGAUCAGUCUGUUCUUAUGUACUGAUGACUCUAAUUAAAAAGCAACGCGCAAUAUUUUCAAAAUGCCUGCCAUGGACUCUGUAUGUUUCGUUGUGAACCACCAGGUAACUUGUGAAGUUCUUUGGUGAAUUCUAUUUUAAAUCAAGUUCCAUGGCUUAAAAUUAAUUUUUCCAUUUCUGCAAUACUAUGAGAAUUUUUUUUUUUUUUUUUUUUUUUUAAGGAGAGUAAAGAGUUUUAUUUAUCUAAUUUAUGGACCAGAUUUAUAAAUGUUAGAUUAGUUUCCUUUCAUAUUAGUGCUCCCGUCUCGCUCAGAGACUGGGAAACAGAGUCUAAACUGCUGUAAAAACCUUUGAGCGAAUCAACCUUUUUUUCUCUUUCCCACUUUUUAUUACAGUUACAAUGUUCAUUUUAUUGUAAGUGGCUUCUGAUCUGAAGUCGCUACUUUCUGUCUGAGGGUGGAAGAUUAAUUUCAGCUGUUAUAGGGGCAGUGCUUUGUGCAACUAUAGGAAAUAUACAAGAAAAAUAGGUAAUUUUUAUUAGUGGUUGAACUUUUGUUUGGUCCUUGGAAUUUUGUAAUUUAAGAUUAUUUUUUUUUCUUCAUUGUAGUUUCGUUUGCAGUUCAGAUCACACAACUAGCAUUUGCUUCCUGUUUAGAGUAACUUGUGCAGAAAGAGGGUUAUUUUGUCUUGCUAUGUAAUUCAGGUGACUUCAUUCAUUUUCAUCUCAAGGGCUACUUACUGCGUAACAUUGUAAAGAGGACGAGGUUGGAAAUUUGAUGGAUUGCCAGGUGCCAUUUAUACAGUUCUUUGUCAAUAGAUGGGGAUUUGUGCUAUAGCACUGCAAUGCUGCAGGCUUUGCAUGCAGAAGCUUGUGGUAUAUGGGGGAAUCUGGUUAAAAUUUUAUUUUCAAGUUGGUCUUAAGACUGUGAGACUGGCUAGUUGGCAUCGCAAAUGCUCCAGUUAAAGUAAGCCAAAAACAGUCAGUGAUGGUGCAGGUAUGCUGUGUAAGGUCAGCUGGUGGAAGUUUUCAGUCUUCUGUCUGACACCAGCUGAUGUAGCUGAUACUGAGGUCUGUCCAGCUCAGGAGGGAUGUUCCACUUAUCUGGUCACAGGGGAGUUUGACAUUUUCUCAGCAGGCUAUCGGGGACUUUGGAUUGGGGGCUACGUUAAAGUGGGGGUAUAGCACAGUUUUGCUGUCAUUUCCGAAAGGCACAAGCUAUCUUCUUGUACUCGCCCGUAGAUGGAUGUGUCUGCACGUCUGUGAAGUGCUCUCUGUGCCAAUGAACUUUACAUAAGGCUUCCCCCUGGGUCUGGGCAUGGUACGGCCCCAAGCUGCUCCGUCACGCUUUCUGCUUCUGCUGACUUGAAUAGUAGGCUUGGACAAUGCCAUGCUAGAUGGGGGGAAUGGGUUUAUGUCCGAAAUAGCGUUUCAUGGUUUGCCCCAAAUACCAGACCACCCCCCACCACCGCGCACACACAAAUGGCCCCAUGUAAUGUUCACUUGUGUUGGUCUAAGCAGAUGUUUGCACUUAGCAGGACCGUGGGUGCAUUCAAACAUUAGUCGAGCAAUGGCCGUGGUGACGUUCCCUUUCAACUCUCCAUUUUGACAGUUUUGAAACCUGUUGGAUUUAGCACGGCCUGUACCUGUGCCCUUGCUUCUGGGUUGGGAGAAGAAGGGGAGCUUGGCUAACUUAGUUAUGCACUUUUAAUUUACCACGUCGUGCGAAACACUGCAGCGAGCGCCAGCCUGAGGAUUCUGAGCAGCGUUUGCCCAAACGGCAAGACCUGGUAGAAUCGGAUGCCUUCAGGGGCUUAAGGGAGCCGGCUUUUGGAGGGAGCCAAUCAAAAGCAGCCUUCCAGCUUUUCACAGAUGGGUCGGUCUGCUUGGUAGAUCUCAGCGAUGUUGCCUAGGGAACUUCUACCUCUGUGAGUGGCGUGGCGUCCGGAGUCCGAGUUAGAAGUUGUAGCAAACUUUUUUUUAUUUUUUUGAAGAUAAGCACACUUCAUCACUGUUUAUCUGUCAAGUAAUGGCGUAAAGCCACGAGCAACGGACCAGAAAAAGAACUCUAAAUUUCUGCUAUGUUCCUCAGAACACUAUCUUCUUCACGCGCACCAUCACCUCCUGCCAUUGUACUUAAAUGUGUUUGUGAACUUCUAAAAGCUGCCAUUCAGUUAAAAGUAAGACACUAGAAAGGUUGAGAAGCCCCUAAAAAGUGAAACUUUAAGACAUCUAGCAACACUACAAUUGAUCCUAAAAACUAAUUUAUACUCUGUAAUAAUUAUGUUGACGAUAAUAGUUAUAUGUGUAAUAUAUACUUAUACUUUUUUUGGCUAUUCACUGAUAAUGGAGACUGUUGUGUGAGGGUGUUUGUAUAUUUAGUUGACACUUAAGUCUCCACCAGUUUUGAAAUGUGAUAUUCAGUUUACCAGAGGGCAAACCCUUUUACAUGCACUAAGCCAGCACUGAAUGUUGUAAGGAACUUUUGAAGGUGAAUCUGCUUCAGAAAACUGGGCUGGUGACCUCUGAUUUUUCUUUUGCCAAUUAUGUUAAGUGGACUUUACCUGACUUUAUGAUGAUUAUCUGUGUCCAUUAAAGUGUGUCAAGGCCAACUUCGCAGUAUGUCAGCCAUUUUGUGCAGUUUUGUUGUAAUGAUUCAAAAUGGCUGAAGAAUUAGUGGCAAUACAGUUACUGGCACCGAUUCAGUCCUGUAUUGUACGCUAAGUUUAUGUACUUUUUACCCCUCCCCAACACACACCCCCCCCCCCCCCCCUCCCCCUGUAUAGUGACAAAAUUUGAGCAGCGUCUUUAGUACAAUCUUGUGUUCAGUCCUGUACCCUAAUCUCCUGUCCCUUGGGGCUGCUCCCUGGACCAGGCCUUUGGUGCUAGUCCAAGCCGGAUCCAUCACUGGCUCGCACACAUGCAUCUGCUAGUACCAAGUCAUGAGGUUUUUGCAUUUUAACUGAUGGAUUUGACAGUUUGCUUGAGGUCCACUCAAAGGCUGUGGAUUCAAACAAAUUUAACAAGGUGUUUUUUCUUUGCUGAUACAUUACCUGAACACUAUUGUAUCUAGGACCACCUAAUCAUUUUUUUUUUUUUAAUAAAUGAUUUAAAUAUGUAGUGCUGUAAUUUUUAAUUUUCGCUUUGUUGUUUUUCUCUUCUCUGUAUACCAAAUGUAAAUGAUGUACUAUAAUGAGUGUGCCAAUCCCCUAUGUUUGUAAAGCCAGACUCUUUACAAGUGCCAAUGGUGUGGAGAUCGUCUGUGGGCCUGUAUAUUUUAUGGUCCAGUUUUUAAAACUAUUAAAAACACUAGAUAUGUGACAUACAAUAGAUACAUGAGAGAAAAGGACUUUAUUCUGUAUUUAAGAUUAAAGAAGAAACUGCUGUUUUUAAAGGACUGUCAUUUUAACUGCAUGUGCUGUUUUGGGCUGGGAGGGGGGUGUCAGACCAAUGUAUUAAUGCAAAACCCUGAUGAAAAGGGGUGAUUUGUUAUUGAUUUACAGUAUUUUUAGCCAUAUUUCUUUUUUGUAUUUGUUUCAUUUCAACCACUGUUGCCUGAACCUCAUUCAAACAUGAAAAUGAUUUUCAUAGCCUUCUCCUAAAAGAAAAACAAUUAAAGUAUCUGUUUUAAAUUGGAAUAAAAUUUGUUCCUAUA